GACUGGCGUAUGUCACGUGACCUGCGGUGUUUGAGUGAUCAGCCAAUCAGAGCGCAGGUGGACAGUGAGCAGGUCUGAUACUGUACUAAUAAACACUCUCAUCUGAUGAUCUGCUCUUUCUCCAUCUCUACUGCACUUCAGUGACAGGAUGGAUCAUGACUGGCAGGGCAGCAGGAGAAGUGGCCACCGCAGCAAACACAAUGAAGAUGAGGAAGAGUCCGUCUACAUCGGCGUUCCUGUGCCCAGGAGCUACAGAAGGAAACGCAGACAUCGCAAACACGCGUCACGACAUUCCCACGAUCGCGAUAAACACCAUAGUCGACAUGAACACGCGGAUCCAGAGGAAAACUGCGACCCUGAGGAGGCCGAGCAGGAGAACGAGCUCUCAGAUGUCAACUCUACCGUGUCUCCUGCUGCAGAGCGACUGCGCCACAUCCUCAGGGAAGAUGACGAACCCACACCGACGCUCUUCACUGAGAUGGACACACUGCAGCACGAGGGAGGAGAGAUGGAGUGGAAAGAGUCCGCCAGGUGGGUGAAGUUUGAGGAGAAGGUGGAGGAGGGUGGAGAGCGCUGGAGUAAGCCGCACGUCUCCACACUGUCUCUGCACAGCCUGUUUGAGCUGCGCACCUGCCUGCAGACCGGCUGCAUCUUGUUGGACCUGGACGGAUACUCACUGCCACAGAUUGUUGAUGACAUGAUUGAGAAGCAGGUUCAGGAGGGUCUCAUCGCUCCAGAGAUCCGGGAGAAGGUCAGUUUCGUGCUUUUGCGGAAACACCGUCACCAAACCAAGAAGCCGAUCCAUCGCUCGCUGGCGGACAUCGGGAAGCCCAGUCCAUCCAACCGCAGUCCGAGUCCCAGCCCGAGUGCCCGCUCUGGGUCGGGUUUUCACCGCUCCACAGAAGACCUGCGGGCGCGCCAGAGCGCCGGCCUCGGGAAACUGCAUCCUUCUCAGUGCCGCAGUAUGAAUGAUAUUUCCGUCACACCCAGCAGUGACCAGCUGAAGAAUAAGUUCAUGAAGAAGAUCCCCAGAGAUGCAGAGGCGUCCAAUGUGCUCAUCGGAGAGGUGGAUUUCCUAGACAAGCCUUUCGUGGCGUUUGUUCGUCUGGCUCAAGCCGCUACACUAGGAGGCCUUACUGAAGUGCCAGUGCCAACCAGGUUUCUCUUUGUGCUCCUCGGUCCCAGCGGCAAAACCAAGUCCUACAAUGAGAUCGGUCGGGCAAUGGCCACGCUCAUGGUGGACGACCUGUUCAGUGACGUGGCCUAUAAAGCCAGAGAUCGAGAGGAUUUAAUCGCCGGGAUCGAUGAGUUCCUGGAUGAGGUGAUCGUUCUUCCUCCGGGCGAAUGGGACCCCAAGAUCCGCAUCGAACCCCCCAAAAAACUGCCUUCAGCAGAGAUGAGGAAGUCUGUGUUUUCUCUGAAUGAGCUCGGGCAGCCGAAUGGAAACGCCGGCGGAGGAUCAGCGUCUGCAGAAGAUGAGGAGAUGCCGGCUCCGCAUGAGCUGGGAGAGGAGCUGAAGUUCACCGGCCGGUUCUGUGGAGGACUCUGGCUAGACAUCAAGCGGAAAGCACCCUGGUUUUUCAGCGAUUUCUAUGAAGGUUUCCACAUCCAGUCGGUGUCCGCGGUGCUCUUCAUCUACCUGGGCUGCAUCACCAAUGCCAUUACUUUUGGGGGACUAUUGGGGGACGCCACCGACAACUACCAGGGUGUGAUGGAGAGUUUUCUGGGCACGGCGUUGGCUGGUGCUGUUUUCUGCAUGUUCGGUGGGCAGCCGCUCAUCAUCCUCAGCUCUACCGGACCCAUCCUUAUAUUCGAGAAGCUGCUGUAUGAGUUCAGCAUAAACAACAACAUCGACUACAUGGAGAUCCGUCUGUGGAUCGGUUUGCACUCCUGCCUGCAGUGUCUGAUUCUAGUGGCCACAGAUGCGAGUUAUAUCAUCAAAUAUAUGACACGCUUUACAGAGGAGGGUUUCUCCAGCCUCAUCUCCUUCAUCUUCAUCUCUGACGCCCUCAAGAAGAUGAUGAGCACCUUCAGCUAUUACCCCAUCAGCCCAGACUUUAAGCCCGACCUCAUCAUUAGCUACAGGUGUGACUGCCAGCUUCCGGACCAGGUUUCUCCACUGAACAGCACGUCUCCGCUCGCUCUAGAGAACAUGUCGGACUACUCGAUGUUCAACUUCUCUGCUCUGGACUGGACUCAGAUCAGUAAGAAGGAGUGUCUGAGGCUCGGCGGCUCGCUGGUGGGCAAAUCCUGCAAAUAUGUGCCGGAUCUGGCCAUGCUGUCCUUCAUCCUGUUCUUCGGCACUUACUCCAUGACCAUCUCGCUCAAGAAGUUCAAGUCUAGCAGAUAUUUCCCUACGAAGUGUCGUGCACUGAUAGCAGAUUUUGCCAUCAUCAUCUCCAUCCUGGUGUUCUGUGCGGUGGAUUAUGGGAUGGCGCUGGAUACGCCCAAGCUGCAUGUUCCCACCCAGAUCAAGCCGACGCGUCCUGACCGUGGCUGGAUCGUGAUGCCGAUGGGCAGGAACCCGUGGUGGAUGUGUUUGGCCAGUUUUGUUCCUGCUCUGCUGGUCACCAUUCUCAUCUUCAUGGAUCAGCAGAUCACCGCCGUCAUCGUCAACCGCAAAGAAAACAAACUCAAGAAGGGCUGUGGUUAUCAUCUGGAUCUGUUCUGGGUUGGCGUCCUCAUGGCCGUCUGCUCCUUCAUGGGUUUACCAUGGUACGUGGCAGCGACUGUGAUUUCCAUCGCACACAUCGACUCUCUGAAGAUGGAGAGUGAGUCCAGCGCUCCGGGGGAACAGCCACAGUUCCUGGGUGUGCGUGAACAGAGACUCACAGGAACUCUAGUGUUCGUCCUCACCGGAGUCUCCGUCUUCAUGGCGCCCAUUCUGCAGUUCAUCCCGAUGCCGGUGCUGUAUGGAGUUUUCCUCUACAUGGGUGUUGCUUCUCUUCAUGGUAUUCAGUUUUGGGAGAGGAUAAAGCUGUACCUGAUGCCUGCCAAACAUCAGCCAGAUUUUGUGUUUCUGCGGCACGUCCCGCUGCGGCGCGUUCACCUGUUCACCCUGCUGCAGAUCACCUGUCUGGCUGUGCUCUGGAUACUCAAGUCCACCGUCGCCGCCAUCGUCUUUCCCGUCAUGAUCCUGGGCCUGAUGGUGGUGAGGAAAGCUCUGGAUCUGAUCUUCUCUCAGCAUGACCUGGCCUGGCUGGACGACAUUCUGCCCGAUAAAGACAAGAAGAAGAAAGAGGACGAGAAGAAGAAGAAGAAAAGCAAGACGGAUGAGCACAACAACAGCGAUGAGGAGUGUGUGUGUGCUGUAGACUCCUCCUCCUCCCUGAAGAUUCCUCUGGAGCUCCUCAACCCUUCAUCAAACCCUCCUCCUGCUUCACACACACCCUCGGAGCAGAACACACACAAGUGACGUGUCUCCAUCAGCUGAACACUUAAAGGGGCAGUUCACACUCAAAUCAGCAUCCGCUCAUUAUUUACUCACUUCUUACAGACCCGUUUGACUUUCUGUUGAACACAAAGGAAGAUAUUCUGAAGAAUGCCGGAGCAAAACAGACAUUGACAUACAUGGUAUUAUUUAACUUGCAUGUGAAAACAGGUACAGUGGAUUUAUUGUGUUCAUAUUGCACUGGACAACACUUCUGGUGGUAGGCGGCACGGUGGCUCAGUGGUUAGCACUGUGGCCUCACAGCAAAUAAUUGUGCAAAUAUUAUUUGAACUUAAAAUAAUAUUGCCUUUCACUGUUUUCUUAAAAUGUUGGAAAAAAAAACAUCUUACAAUAUUAUUGCUAUUAAUAUACAUUUAAACAUAUAUAUUAAUGUUAGUCAAUGGCUGCUUUUCCCAGAAUUCCCCAGGCUAUCUUCAUUAGUGUUCAACUGAAGAAAGAAACUCAUUUGUGUCUGAACUGUCUCUUUAAUCCCCGUUUGAGCUGCUGCUUUGGGCCGGAUCUGAUCUGAUCUCCAUCUCUGGCUCUUUCCCAAACACACGAGAGUCACGGAUGCCAGAUAUUCCUCAGUGACGCACGUCUGCAAACACAACAGGCUCACGGAUGCCAGAUAUUCUUCAGUGACGUAAACACACACUGAGCAGACGCCGGCUCAUGAUUAAUGCUUACAAACUACACUGAAAUAACCCACACAACAGACGGCCGCACUGCUGAGCUCACACACUGUCAUUUAGAUAAACUGCAAUGACAAAAAUAAGAAAUAAUAAUAGGAAAGGAUGAAGAUAAAGUUCAGCCAGUAGAAUAAAGCCUGACAGGUUUAUCAGCAGCUGUUGUAGAAGACUGAGGGGUUUAUUCUGGGAUAACCACCGGCUGGAUGUACAUUAUGCUGAUUAUUACACGGCUACUGGCCACCAAACUAAACAUUGACCUGAGCUUUAUUAAUUUGAUAGCUCUUUAAUUAAUUGUAAAGCCAACAUGAAGAAAAAAGACUGAAUGCAGUUACACUAACCUACUUAAUAUUGUUAUAAUUAUGAGUAAUAUUAUUCAACAACAACAGCAGAGUGACAGGUGUGUGUGUGUGUGUGUGUGUAAGAGAGAGACUUAUUUCAGAGUUGCGAGUACAUUUUUAAGCAUUUUCCAUUCAUUUCCCUUUAACUGGAAUUAUUUACAUUUAACUGAAUCCAUUAUUCAUGUAAAAUAAAGCAAAAUGCUUAAAUGUAAUAUAGGAUUCUGUUAAUAACUGUUGUUCAGCUUAUUGUUAAACUUUUUAAAACACUAACAGAGUUGACAGUAAUGGAGUUGUCAGUAACUCAUUUUAUCGUCAACUCUGACUUCGUCAACUCUGAUUCUGUCAACUCAGAGUUGACAAAACGAGAGUUGACGAUAACAGAAAUGACAAAAGCAGAAUUGAUGAAAACAAAGUUGAUAGUAACAGAGUUGAUGAUAACAAAAUUGACAAUAACAGAACUGACGAUAACAGUUGAUGAUGACAGUUGACGAUAACAUUGACGAAAUCAAAGUUCACAAUGACAGUUGAUGAUAACAGUUGACAAAAUAAUGUGACGAAAUCAGAGUUGACGAUAACAGAGUUGACAAAAUCAGAGUUGACGAUAAUAGAAUUGACAGUACCAGAGUUGACGAUAACAGAAUUGACAAAAGCAGAAUUGAUGAAAACAGUUGACGAUAACAAAAUUGACAGUAACAGAGCUGACGAUAACAGAGUUGAUGAAAUCAUAGUUGAUGAUAACAGUUGACAAUAACAUUGACAAAAUCGGAGUUGACAAAAUCAGAGUUCAAGAUAACAGUUGACAAAAUAAGAGUUGAUGAAAAAGUUGACGAUGACAGAGUUGACAAAAUCAGAGUUGAUGAUCACAAAGUUGACGAUAACAGAGUUGACGAUGACAAAGUUUACAAUAAUGGAGUUGAUGAAAUCAGAGUUGAUAAUUACAGAGAUGACAGUCACCGAGUUGAUGAUAACAGAGUUGACGAUAACAGAGUUGACAUUUUUCCAGCAUUUUAUGUUUUAGCUCUAGAUGCUAACCUCACACCAGACUCCACAUGGCGUGUCCAAAACACAAUGUAUUUUCAUCAUAUUAUUGUUUUUAAAAAGUGAAUUGACUGAAAUAUCACAGUAACAGAGUUUCAUAAUUGAUUUACUGUUUGAUUGCAUGAUUCAGAAGGCAAAAAUAAUUAUAGUGUGUAAUAAGUUAAUAUUUUCGAAGCAAUUUACAAUACACAUUAUUUUAGAGAUGAUGUGAUUUAAUUUGUGUUAUUAUUCAAUCACUAGACUUUCUUUCGGAAAAAAUAAUAUAAGAUUUAUCUUUGAAGAUGCAGAAUGUAAUCUCAAUUCUAGAAAUGGCCCAUGCUGUAUAUAGUCAUGAUGAUUCUGCGUCAUCUCAUUGGUUUAAUCAGUUGCUAUUGGAUAAUAACAUACCUUGGGAUGUAUUGAUUGACCAAUCAGAACCCAGUAUUCCAGACAGCCGGGUAAUAAUAAUUCAUUAUCAUGUUGCAUAAAUACAGAAUUUGGAACAAUAAUUAUUGUGAAAAGCACUAUACGAGUAAACUUGAAUAUAUUUGAGCUGUAAGAUACUAAAUAUGGUUUUGAUAGCGUCUAGUAAGAAACUAGACAGAACUAAACUGAAUAGUUAGAUAAACACUGUAUUGAUUUAGAUUUCAGGUGCAUUAAAUAUGUAUGUAUUGAAUUACUAAUAAAGCAUAUGAAUAUAUAUAUAGAGAGAGAGAGAGAUCUAGAGUUUGAGUUCAUAAUUUAGCGUUUUAUAUUUUAAAAUCAGAGAUGUGUGAGACCUGUUGAGAUGUUUUCAGACAACUUUUGUUCAUUUAUUAAUUUGUGCUUUGUUGAAAUAAAGUAAAAUGAAUAAGGCUG